CCGGCGUCGUCACCGCUCCCCACCGUGCUCCAGGGCGCGUACGCUCAAGGCAGGGAGGGCGGCGCAAGAUGGCGGCGGCGCAAGGCAGGGGCCCAGGCUCCGAGGCGGCCGGGCCGGGCGGAGUGAACGUGUUCGCCAACGACGGCUCCUUCCUAGAGCUCUUCAAGCGGCGCAUGGAAGAGGCCGCCGCCGCGGGAGGGAGGAGCGGACCGGGAGCGGGGAAAGCGGGGGCCGAAAAGCAGAGAGAGACCGAGUCUCGGCCGGAGCCGCCCGGGGAACAGGAGCCGCCGGAAAAGAAGCGGAGCGGGAGCGCCCUCAGCUUCGUGGGCAAGCGGAGAGGGGGCAGCAAGCUAGCCCUGAAGACAGGAGUGGUAGCCAAGAAACAAAAGACAGAGGAUGAGGUUUUGACAAGUAAAGGUGAUGCGUGGGCCAAAUAUAUGGCUGAAGUGAAAAAAUACAAAGCCCACCAGUGCAGUGAUGAUGAUAAAACCCGACCUUUGGUGAAAUAACUCUCAUCUCCAGCUUGGACUUUCUCUGAUGUACAUAAUUAUUUAAAACGUCAAAGGAGAGUAGCUCUGCCCCACAGACUGAAUGCUGCCACAGCAGCAGGUGACUUGCCAUGCUUUUAUAUCUGGGAAUUUAGAGCCUCCUUCAUUGAUUCAUUUAUUGUUAUCUUCUUUCUUCUGAGAACUAAGAACUUUGACUUAGUUGCAGGAUUUUUUAAUUUGUAAUCCCCAAAAUAGUGGAAUUGGUCUGAUAUGUCUUUCCCUGAAUCACCAGGCAACAUACCAUGCCCACAAAAUCUUUAGCAUUAAACCUUUGCUUAACACUUCCAGUACUCCUCAAGUUUCCACAAUGGGAUAAGCUAAAUGGAUCCGUUUUGCCAAAUGCGUUAUCUGUUUCUGUUGAAGAUGAACUUAACAUGUGGUCACAAUUUCCAAAUCCGCAUUGCAGACAACAGUAAUUCCAGAACACUUUGAUGAAAAGGUGACCAGUGCUGAGUUCCUUGGUAUGCUUAGUAUCUGACAAUUCUGUGGGUGCAUUUCUGCUUCUGUUUUUUCCUCUCCAUUUCACUGUACAAUACAGUGUGUUAUGUGGUUUUAUUCUGAAUUCCAAUUGCUGCUGCUUAAGCUCAUUCCUUGCCUUCUGCUAUGCAUGCUCCAAUUUAGCACUGCGGAUUAUGUUGUGCCUAUCUCUUAGCUAAGAAGGUAGAAACUUGGUCUGCACUUAAACCCAAUAUUAGGAGAAAAAUUGGCUAAAAUUACAACAAACGUGCUCUGGGUCAAAUGGAAUUUCCAGAUAUCAUGAUUCUAGCCUUUGACUAGCCCCUCUGUUCCAGUCCUGGGCUUUGUGGCCAGAGUUCUUUGAGAAAGGCUGUUUGUCUAGCAGUUGUUUGCUGUGUGCAUGGGAGCCUAUGUUUCUCUUUUUUUAUUCUCCAUUUAGACUCCUUAUACUUUCAGUGAAGUAGUGUACUAAAGCUGAAACUCAGAUAGUUUCUGCAGUGAUGUGAGUUCUGUCACAGAGUAACUGGGGAUGACAACUUCAUAGAAAGGCCUCAGGUACAUUCUUAGCAGUUGGAAUGUCAAGAAAUGAGAAUACAAACAAGACCUUUUCUAGGAUAAUUUAUAGCCCCCAAUUUUUGUGUUGAGGGUGCAGUUGGGCUUAUGUUUGAAUCUUACUCCAUUUGUGCCAUUUCCUUUUCAUGGAACAGGCGCUUUGUGUCAGAGAACAGAUAUGAAAUACCCAACUUCUGCUCAAUGCAAAACAUACUUGCAGAAGAUUUUUAAGCUGAAGGAAAACCAGCUGAAGUUUUAUAUUCUCAUCUAGGAGAGGCCUAAAGGGUGUGUGUUAUGUUAUUGAACAGCCUUUAGGCCAAAUGUUUUAUAUAUAAAUGCCCUCUCUGCAGAAAAGGUCACUGCUUUCUACCAAUCAGAACACUCUGAUGGUUGUGUAGGACAUGGGAAGUGGAGGAAAUACUGGAUUGAAUCCUGUCUGCAACCCCCAAAUCUGCUUUGGAUGUUUGGGGGAAAUCUUAAAGCAGAUUUUGGGAGGGAGGUAGAGGCAGGAAAGGGAGUGGAAGUUCCAUGGUGUGAGCAGAAGUCAUUCUGCUAAUACAAUGAUUCUGUUGGGUACAACCUAACACUCUUGUUUAAUUAGUUAUGUACACUUGCUGGAAUCUCAGCCGACUUGAGUCCUGUUCAGACCUUUAUUCAGCAGAAGAUCUAGAAGGGGUGUGUACAUCUAUAUGUGUGUAGGCUCUUCAGUGUGAUUAGGAAACCUAAUCAUGUGGCAGAAACUUUCAUACAUAUGACCGUAUGCAUGUCAAACACUAUUUCAGACCUGAAUAGGUAGAGAUUGGGGAAAGGGCUGGCAGACAUCACCACCUGCUGUAUUCAGUUUGAGGUAGUGUCUGAAAGGGGCUCGGGGUGGUCAUAUAUGAGACUUUACUGUUUAAAGCCUGAAGCAACUUGGAAGGGUUAAAUAUUUCACUGGUAUCUGGUUACACACCUGUUAUAAAGUGGUGGCAGUUUGCUUCCUUGUUCUACACUAGAUCAGACUCCUUUAUUGCUUUUGACCACAACCUGGCUUAGAGCACUGAUAAUCAUUCUUACUACUAGCUUUUUAAAAUAAAAUUCUGUUGUGGAUAUUGA